ACGGUCGGGUAUUUUUGAAACUGCUACUGCAGAAGGACACAUAGCCAGUGCGUUUCCAGUGUUCGGCAACAUUUCCAAAAGUUACUAAUUAUGGCGUUCAGAAUCGAAAAGCUAGAACCGCUACCGAUUGGUACCGCCAAUGGACAUGAGCUGCAUGAAGUGAAGUUUUGUGACCUUAUCGGACAUAACAUCGUUCUCACUGGGGCGAACGGAGAUUUGCCGAAAAAGUCAAAAACAUACGGCUGUAUAUCCAAGGAGUUUCUUAAUAUUCUGCUUCUGGGAUUUGGGUUUAUGUUCAGCAUGGGGUCGUACACUACAUGUGCAAUGUCACAGACGGUUGUACUGAACACGGUCAAGGAUGAGUAUUUUCAAGGGACGGAAACAAUCGGAUACAGCGUUUUAUGUGUUGUCUACGCCUCUGUGGCGGCUGGUUUUCUUAUUGCACCAUCUAUCUCGGCGAUCAUAGGACCAAAGCCAGCCAUGGUUCUUGGAGCCGGUUGCCUUCUGCUAUAUGUUGUUACAUUUUUGCGUCCACUCGUGGUGACCCUGUAUAUUGGAGCAUUAUUUCAAGGGCUUGGUCAAGCGCUCAUAUGGACUGUGUAUGGACAUUUCUUAACUGAGAAUUCCAACAAAGAUACAUUAGGCCGAAAUACUGGAGUAUUUUGGUGUUUGUUUCAGUCUUGUUUGGUUGUCGGGAAUCUAUUUUACUUUGUGAUGAUGCAAGGAGUAACAGUUAUAACGGAAAAGCAGCGAACAAUCCUUUUUGUCGUCUUAAUUGGUUCGGCUGUUGUCGGCGCCAGCAUUCUGGCUCUCAUGCGUCAUCCAUGGCGAAUCAAGCAAAAACCAAACGAUGCAUUAUCUCACGGACCGGUUACCGCGAUAGUUGGGCUGUGCAGACUGGCUGUGAGCAAAAACAUGUUGCUUCUUUUCCCAACAUUCGUAUACGUAGGCCUGGAACUUGGGUUUUUCAUAAAUGUGUACAGCACUUGUGUGGGUUACACAACGCGAUUUGGAUUGAUCCGGGAAUCCCUUGUUGGGUUGACCGGCGUUUUUAUUGGCGUUGGACAAAUUUCUGGUGGUCUUCUGUUCGCCUCGGUUGGGAAAAUUCUGACAAAGCAUGGGCGGGAUAUAGGAGUGGCAUGCGGAUUCUUGGUGCAUGUUUUGGCAUUUUUUCUUAUAUGGCUGACCAUUCCUAAUGAUGCCUCACUGAGGAUUACAGACAAAAAAGCCUUUUUCGAACCUAAUCCUUAUAUUGCGAUGAUUUGCGCCACUUUGUUAGGCUUUGGAGACGCAGCGUGGAUAAAUCAGAUCGUGGCUCUGCUUGGCACAGUGUAUCCCGGUGGCAGCGACUGUUUAGCAGCAUUUGCAUGGUGGCAGUUUCUUCAGUGUUUUAGCGCUGCAGCGGUCUUCUUUUAUUCCGCAAUACUUCAACUGGACGUUCAACUCUUAAUCCUGAUCAUUAUGGCAGUCGUGGGGCUUUUUGGCUACUGCGUACUGGAGUGGCGUAUAACACAUGAAGAAUUAAAGAAAAACACUAACAUUGCUACUCGAAAAGAAAGAAUUAAGCUGAUUGAUAGAAAAUAUGAAUAAGAAAAACAUUCCUCUGAUCUGAUAUAUAUUUGAUUAACUAAUUACAGUCAUUGUCUUGUGAGUGCAGUGUUUUAAGCAGCUCAAGUUAAAGUUGUUCCCAGAUGUGAUUUUUCCUACAAAGUCAUUACUUUAGUUCAACAAGGGAGUUUGCCGAAAAUGCAAGACCUGAUUACAUAACUUAUGUAUCAGUGUGUAUUUUUGUCAUAGAUUUACAAUCUGCUUGCAAUUGUUGUUUUGCACUCUGAAAGACACUAACAAAGAUGGAGCUUAAUUUUUCAUAUGACCUUUUCACUCCUGCACUAUUGGUGUAACUGCAGUCU